CUCAGUUUCCGCUGAACAUUCGAGGCGAACGGUUCGCUGUGUUUGGGCCUGCUUUCAAUAUUCCCCGAUUUCCGGACUCGAUUCGAUCCAAUCCGAGCCAAACCAAUUCGAGAUACUCGGCGCUGAGCUCCAUUCGCGAUUUUUGAGUUCUGUGGCCAUGUGAAGUGCACGCAUCUCGAAGUGCCAAAAUAAGUUCUGAUAAAGCCUUCAAAACGAUAACCAGCCUUAUUCAAUUAUGUUUGUGCCAAGAACUGUGCUCUAGUUACGCGAUUUGCAAGUGAAAUCCGACGGCAAAGAAAUUCUGCGAGAGCCGCGACCCAAAUAGGGAGUAACGAGAGCAUCAUGGGCUUCUCAUCAGCCCUCCAAAGUCGCGCCGCCCACGAGGCGCUGAUCGUCCGCCAGGAUGCCGAACUCCGGCUAAUGGAGACAAUGAAGCGAUCCAUCCAGAUGAAGGCCAAGUGCGACAAGGAGUACGCCAUCAGCCUGACCGCUGUGGCCCAGCAGGGUCUCAAGAUCGAUCGGGCUGACGAAAUGCAAGGCAGCCUGAUCUCCAAAUCCUGGCGAUCCUACAUGGAUGAACUGGACCACCAGGCCAAACAGUUCAAGUUCAACGCGGAGCAGCUGGAGGUCGUCUGCGAUAAGUUGACCCACCUCUCGCAGGACAAACGGAAGGCCAGAAAGGCCUACCAGGAGGAGCAUGCCAAGAUCGCAGCACGCCUGAAUCAUCUCACCGACGAGGUGGUGCGCAAGAAAUCUGAAUACCAAAAACAUUUGGAGGGCUACAAGGCGCUGCGCACGCGCUUCGAGGAGAACUACAUAAAGGCACCCAGUCGCAGUGGCCGCAAGCUGGACGAUGUGCGUGACAAGUAUCAGAAGGCCUGCCGCAAAUUGCAUCUCACACACAACGAGUACGUGCUGUCCAUCACGGAAGCCAUCGAAGUGGAGAAGGACUUUCGCAACGUCUUGCUGCCGGGACUGCUGGAGCAUCAGCAGUCCGUUCAGGAGAGCUUCAUCCUGCUGUGGCGCAACAUCCUGCAGGAGGCGGCCCAGUAUGGCGACCUCACGGCCGACAAGUACAAGGAGAUCCAGAAGCGCAUUGACACUGUGAUAGGGAGCAUCAAUCCGACCGAGGAGUACGGCGAGUUCACCGAGAAAUACAAAACCUCUCCCACAACACCGCUGCUCUUCCAGUUCGAUGAGACGCUCAUCCAGGAUAUUCCCGGCAAAUUGCAGUCGAGCACAUUGACAGUGGACAACCUCACGGUGGACUGGCUGCGUAAUCGUCUCCAGGAACUGGAGGGAGCCGUCAGGGAUUGCCAGGAGAAGCAGAUGAAGAUGAUCGAGCAUGUGAAUGGUGGCUCGCCGGUGGCCAAUGGCAGCAUUAUAUCCAACGGCAGCAACACAUCCAACGGCAUUCAGUCCAACAAGGAUAGCCUAUGCCGCCAGUCGAAGGACCUUAAUGCACUGCGCUGCCAGGAGAAGCAGAAACAGAAGCUGGUGGACAUGAUCAAGUGCGCCCUGAACGAGGUGGGAUGCGAGGAGCUGCCCUCCGGUUGCGACGAUGACCUCACCCUGGAGCAGAACUUCAUCGAGAAUGGCUAUAACAACGAACAGCAGAGAUCCAACUCCACCAGUUCACCAGGUCUGGGCAUAAUGAACGAGCUGAUGCGACGCGGUGGGGUAUUGACCCUCUUGCGUGGAAGGGGUCGCCACUUUAAGCGCAAGAGUACACCACAACCGGCGACGCCGAUGACGCGAUCGCGACAAGGACGGUUCAACAAGUUGCAACCACGAUCCCAGAGCCUCGGAUCCUUGUCGGUAAUUAGGGAUGGGAAUGGGCCAAGUCCUGCACGUUACGAGCCCAUUACUAACCAUCGUUUGCGCCAGGCGGCAAGUGUUCAUUAUUUGGGCGAGGAGAUCGCCACGAGCUCCACUAAUCCGCCCGAUUUGACGCGUCUGCGACGAACCCAAUGUUCCAUGUUGUGUUUGGGCGAGGACGAGGAGCCUGUUGUCCUUGCCUCGCCCGCCCCGCUCACUCAGCUUACCGCUGCUGUCCUUACUAACACCAAUAACAAUCAUAUCUAUGCCGAUCUGGAGUUGGAUAAAAAGAAGGAUACUUCACCGAGUCCAGAAUGUAAGGGGGAACAAAUUCAACCGAAAAAAGAGCAAAUACGAAUUGAAAUCAACCAAACCGCGCCUCAGAACUCCAUUGAUGCCCAUCUGGACAGGAUUGAUGAGCUGAACCGAGUGCUAGACGAUCGGCUGAAGCGUACUCUUCAGCCCAGCGAUGAUGUGAAUGCCAUCGAAAGUGCCGAGGAGAAUCACAUACAAACCAGGAAGUUGGCCAAAGAUCCAGAUAGCCAAACGAAACGCAGCUCCAGUUCCAGUUCAGAGUGCCGAUCCUCCAAGGACACGAGUCACUCCAAGAAGCGUUCCCUGUCUUUUAGUCAGAAAUCCAUAAGCAACAUAUUCAGCAACCUAAAGGAGUUCUCUAAGAGUCCACUCGUUAGGAUGGGCAAGAAUCAUAUCCUCAACGAAGAGCAGGAUGCGAAAAGGACGCAGCCAAGUCAACAUCAUCAUUCCAGUGGCAGUGAUUGCCCCACAAACAGUAGCAGCUCCAGCAGUAAUAAUAAUAAUAAUAAUAAAAAUACCAGUAGCAAUAGCAAUCACAGUGCCUCACAGUCCACGAUAAUAACGAGCACGAUCACCACCACCAUAACGACUACAACUACCACGACGCCGUCCAAGGAAAACUCAAGACUGAAAUUCAAAGUGCCCAAGAUCCAGAAGAAAUCAAAGGCCAUCCGCAAUACAUUCCGCUCCAAGUUGCUCAAUUUCCAGUUGAAGCGCUCCAAGCCGUGCAAACAGUGCACCAAGAGACGUCGCAUCCAUCCCAGCAAAAGUGUCUUUGAUUUUGCCAAAGAGUUCGAGGUGGAACAACCGGCUGGUUCGGCGGCGGAUGAGCAAUUCUGCAACUGUCCGCCAGCUGGUCAAAAGCCUGUUAAGCCAUCCGUCCAAAUAUCCGGCCACAAAGAUCACCCGUUCGAGUCCAGUUCUGGAGAGCUGGACGAGAACUCGGAUCGGGACAUCGACAACGACGAGGAGGAGGAGGAUAGCGCCAGUGACGACGUGCUCAGCAUGAAGGAUCACUGCUAUUGCGUGCCCAGCCUGGCGGCCAGUAUAUCGCUCUCCACAAAUCGUCCGCUUUACGAGGAGGAAUGGUUCCAUGGCGUUCUGCCGCGCGAGGAAGUGGUUCGAUUGCUGAAUAACGAUGGUGACUUCCUGGUCCGCGAAACGAUUCGAAACGAGGAGAGCCAGAUUGUGCUCAGUGUCUGUUGGAAUGGCCAUAAGCACUUCAUUGUCCAGACCACCGGAGAGGGUAAUUUCCGGUUCGAGGGACCACCAUUUGCCAGCAUCCAGGAGCUGAUCAUGCAUCAGUAUCACUCGGAAUUGCCAGUGACCGUGAAAUCGGGAGCCAUACUCCGACGACCCGUUUGCCGGGAGCGCUGGGAGCUGAGCAACGAUGAUGUGGUACUUCUGGAGAGGAUUGGUCGGGGAAACUUUGGGGAUGUCUACAAGGCCAAACUGAAGUCCACCAAACUGGAUGUGGCUGUCAAAACCUGUCGAAUGACCCUGCCCGACGAACAGAAGCGUAAAUUCCUACAGGAAGGGCGCAUCCUCAAGCAAUACGAUCAUCCAAAUAUCGUAAAAUUGAUUGGCAUUUGUGUGCAGAAGCAGCCCAUCAUGAUUGUCAUGGAAUUGGUGCUCGGUGGUUCGCUUUUAACUUAUUUACGCAAGAACUCCAAUGGCCUCACCACUCGCCAACAAAUGGGCAUGUGCAGAGAUGCGGCGGCAGGCAUGCGAUAUCUGGAGUCCAAAAACUGCAUUCAUCGCGAUCUGGCGGCGCGUAAUUGUCUCGUUGACUUGGAGCACAGUGUGAAGAUCUCCGAUUUCGGAAUGUCUCGCGAGGAAGAGGAAUAUAUAGUUUCCGAUGGCAUGAAACAAAUACCUGUGAAGUGGACAGCUCCCGAGGCCUUGAAUUUCGGCAAGUACACUUCGUUGUGCGAUGUGUGGUCCUAUGGCAUACUGAUGUGGGAGAUCUUCUCCAAGGGCGACACACCCUACUCCGGCAUGACCAACUCCAGAGCCAGAGAGCGCAUCGAUACGGGAUAUCGUAUGCCAACGCCGAAGAGCACGCCCGAGGAGAUGUACCGACUGAUGCUCCAGUGCUGGGCAGCCGACGCCGAAUCCCGACCGCAUUUCGAUGAGAUCUACAAUGUGGUGGAUGCACUGAUUCUGCGCCUGGACAACAGCCACUAAGAGCGGCUCCAUGCGGAACACUUAGCGUAUACUCAACGUAGAUUUAGUCAGCGCUUUUAAAGUACGUUACGUCCGAGGACUUGACAACGAGUUGCCUGUAUUUAUGAGAUAGCACAUACCUACUAUACAUUUUACCAUAUAAACCAUAUUUAUAUAGAGACAUAUAUAUUUUCUAGCCAUGUAAAUGUAAAUUUCGAUGUGUACUGUAGUGUGUGUUUGCCUGACUGAGCGUAUGUUAUAAAUCCUUAAUGUGCCAAAAACCGCAAGAGAUCUUAAAACAAAAAAAAAAGUGAAACGAAAAAAAGAUAAGAGAAAAUAAAAUAAAACUGAUAUUGUGUGUCUGCUUGAAGAACGGCGUUCGUAACCUAAGCUCAUGAAUUUAUAUAUUUUUAGUUGUUUGUGUUUUAGUUUUUAGGCAGUGAUUCAUAAUUUGUAUAUUAUGCAAUCCCUACGUUUGUCAAUUUGUUUCUAGACUUUGUAUUCUAUGUAUAUUUAUUUACACCUAAUUUACAUUUCUACUUCGACUACGAUUAUGUUUACUCUAAUACAACUAAGCUCUAAGUUAAAGCUUUAAGUUUUGCUGCGCUGCUGAAGUGAAUAAAUCAUAUGUGUACUAUAUAUAUAUAUAUACAGAAGAG